CAAUUCUUUUGCCGCCCCCUUCUCUUCUUCUUGUUCCCUCCGUCUAUGACACCUUCAACCCGUUAUCCUUAUUUUAAUUCAAAUGCUCAGUCAAAUCAAUAUACAACAGUUUCUUCAUUUCUCUGUACAUUUCUGGAAAACAAUUGUUUGUUAAUUUAAACCGUUUCUCUGUUUGCUUCUUUUUAAUGGAAAUCCGGUUUUCAUGACUUUGCUUCAUCUUCGAUACCAGCAGAGUGGAAUAUAAGAGAGUGUUGGGGUUCAUCAGAUGGAGAACUACGAAAUACUAGAGCAGAUUGGGAAGGGUUCCUUUGCUUCUGCUCUACUUGUGAGGCAUAAACGUGAAAAGAAAAUGUAUGUUUUGAAGAAAAUCCGACUUGCCAGACAGUCUGAUAGAACCCGUAAAUCUGCCCUUCUGGAGAUGGAGCUUAUUUCCAAAGUACAAAAUCCUUUUAUAGUAGAAUACAAAGAUUCAUGGGUAGAAAAGGGUUGUUAUGUGUGUAUUAUUAUAGCUCAUUGCGAAGGAGGCGACAUGACUGAAGCAAUCAAAAGAGCCAAUGGAACUCAUUUCCCUGAAGAGAAACUCUGCAAAUGGCUUGUUCAACUCUUAGUGGCCCUUGAUUACUUGCACGUUAAUCAUAUCCUCCAUAGAGAUGUUAAGUGUUCAAAUAUAUUCUUAACUAGAGAUCAAGAAAUCCGACUUGGUGAUUUUGGUCUUGCUAAAAUGUUGACUUCUGAUGAUCUUGCAUCCUCUGUUGUGGGUACUCCUAGCUACAUGUGUCCUGAGCUUCUUGCAGAUAUACCUUAUGGUUCUAAGUCAGAUAUCUGGUCUUUAGGAUGUUGUAUAUAUGAAAUGAUGGCUUUCAAGCCUGCCUUCAAAGCUUUUGAUAUGCAAGCUUUAAUCAACAAAAUAAACAAAUCUAUAGUCGCCCCACUUCCAACCAUGUACUCCGGUGCAUUUCGUGGGCUUGUUAAGAGCAUGCUGCGGAAAAAUCCAGAAACGAGACCAAGUGCUGCAGAUUUGCUCAGACAUUCACAUCUACAACCAUACGUACAUAAUCUUAAUCUAAACUUGAACCCCCCAAGACACCACCAUACAUAUCCAGUCCAUUGGACUGAUUAUACAUACGAAAAGAAAACAACAUUCAUUGAACCUCAACCUCAACCUAAAAUGGUUCACUCUCAUAGUCAUACAACACAAACCCAAUCUUUCAGCAGUGAUCGUGCCUUAAAUCCUAGUGUAUCUGAACAUGAUUUGUCAACAUCAUUUACUAGAAACCUAUCAACUCGUGGUAUCCAUGAAAAGAAACCAGUUGUUAAGACACCAAGUGUUACCAAAACCCUAAGAUCCACACCUGUAAAAGCUAAUGCUACUCCUAGAAGACAUUCUUCCUUGCCAAAUAUAACCAGAGGUGGUUCGGAUCAUCAAUUGCUCCCGGAAUCAAGAACUCCAGCCAGAAAACCACCGCGAAGGAAGAUAUCUGACCCAAAAUCCAACACAUGUCUUUCUAGUAUCGAGUCUCCAGAUGUAUCGGUCAACGAUCCACUGAUCAACAAGAUGACGGAGAUGCCGUUAGGCUCAACGGAAGAACGCCUGAUCCUAACCUCAUCGGUAUGUUCUUCCGGUACUUACAUCAACAGCAGGAAGGAAUCCGUUACAACCGACCAUUGCUCGGUCAAAACCAUUGACCAAACCCACACAAAAACCGUAACAACGGGGGAUGGUCCGCGUAGGUUUGACACGUCGUCGUAUCAGCAACGAGCAGAGGCGUUAGAAGGGUUGUUGGAGUUUAGUGCGCAGUUGAUGCAGCAAAAACGUAUCGAAGAACUAGCGGUUUUGUUGAAGCCGUUUGGACCGGAGAAGGUGUCUCCGAGAGAAACUGCUAUUUGGUUGUCUAAAAGUUUCAAGGAAAGUGGUGGUGGUGGUGUUGUUGCUGGGAAUUUUUAGGGUAUUUGGAAUUUGAUUUCAAGAGUGCAAUUGCCUUUGUAAGUAUCCGUGAACUGCUUGCUCAUGAUUUGAUGAUUUGUGAAUUGUAAUUUGUAAAUACGUGAGAGAUAGAAGGGGGUUGUUUCAAGUUUGAGA